UGUGAUUCUAUAGCUGAAUUUUAAAUGUGUAUAUGCUUUUCUAUUGGAUUAAUUCUUAAAUGUGACUGUUUAUAAAUCCAUUUGUAACAGCAGUUUUGCAGAAGCCUCUUCCAGAAAUGCAGGGGAGAACCUCCAGGGAAAAAAGGUGCUCAGAUAGCACUAUUCUGCUUGCUGAACUCCACCAAGAAAUGGGACUGAGUCUUGCUGGGAUGGGCUCUUUGGGAUAAGGGGCCCUAGUUCAAGGUCACUAUGCAAAUCUCUCCACCUAAUAGCUUGGUCUAAACACUUUGAGGAAUUCACUGUGUGGAAUCAGUGAGCUGUUGCUUGUACUAUGACUAUAUCUGUUCAGUGCAUUGAGAUUAAGGAUGACCAAAUAUGUGACAGCCAUCUGGGUUUGAAUGGGGGCUCAUUCCUUCCCCCAUCUCUUACUAAAGUAUAAAGUUAAAUAUAUACUAAAUACAGCAAGCAAUCUGGAAUUUGAUACUAAACUUGAACUGAUGAAGGAUGUGGCUUUGGGGAAAUCAGUUGUUUUUCCCAGAAGUCGAGCUUUCCUCUGUUUUUGAUCUGCAGAAGUGUAAAGUAUUGUAAUGGAUACUUUUUUCCAAAUGGGUUCAAUGUUCUUCUACAACUUCUUGAUAUUUAGUCAGUGCUUAGGAAGAUUGUUGUUGUUUUUCCUCUUUCUUCCUCAUAGUCCAGGCUCUUUGCUUGGCUAACAGCUCUGCUAAUUCACUAUCAUCUUACCUGGCUAAGGUAGAUGCCAAUUAAAUCUGCGGUUUUUUUGGUUAUACAGCUCUCCUGCUAUUGCUGCUGUGAAAGCAGCAGGAAAGACUGAGGAGCAAAGCGGGAGGGUAGAAAACAUACUCUAUUUUUAGGACAAGAUUGGCUUAUCUUGUAUUUAUACUACCUAGGGGGAUAAUGUUUCCAGAGACCUCACAUGAGUAAAGGCUGCAUAAGGAUUGAGUUAAUUUUAACUGCCUGGCAGUCAACAAGCAUGGAGCCUGCACAAGAACCAGAGGAGCUGGGACCUCAGACAGAAAUGAUUGCAGACACAGUUCUUGAGGUUGGAGAGAGACUCUUUCAGGUCAGCCGUAGGGUGCUUUCAGUACACAGUCGUUAUUUUGAAGCCAUGUUUUUUGGGGGAGCGAGAGAGAGCUGUGAACACCACAUAGUGAUAAGAGGGAUUGAUGCAGUGCCUUUUCAGGCACUGCUUGAGUUCACUCACACAGCCCAAGUGCUUAUAGGUCAAGAAAAUGUGACCAGCUUACUGGAAACAGCUGAUUUUUUUCAGUUUGACAGGGUGAAACUGUUGUGUGAGAAAUUUCUGGAGAGAGAGCUGGAUGUUUCCAACUGCCUGGGCCUGAUGACCUACUCGCAGCAAUUUGCCUUUAUGGAGCUGUAUGCAUCUGCUAUGAAUGUGGCUCUCACUCACUGGGGGGAUGUGAUGUGCCAGGAAGAAUUUAAGGCACUACCCAAAGAAAUGCUGAUGCAGCUCAUAAAAAGCGAUGACCUCUUUGUUUCACGAGAAGAUGUGGUUUUUGACAGUAUUAUGAGGUGGAUAAUGGAGGACCCAGCAACGAGGGAAGAAGACUUUCUGGAUUUGGUGGGUGAAGUCAGGGUCACUUUCCUGAGUUUGUCCUUCCUUGAUGCCUUGGUGAAACGCAGCAAGUACCCUGGAGAGAUGGAUACCUUUUCCAGAAUAAUAAAGAAGUUAGACAGCUGUCCUCCACCCAGCUGGCAAAAUACAGAACUGUGUCCUUACGCUGGUCGGAGCUAUGACACCUUAUAUGUCCUGGGAGGAAAGCAUGACAAGGAACAGCAAGAAUUAUUUCUCUUUCAACCUAAAACGGGGACCUGGCAGGCUUGUUCUCCACUGCAGCGCAGGAACCUCACCCAAUAUGCAGUGGCAGCAGUAGGGAGCUUCCUUUUUGUGACAGGAGGGUAUUUCCGAGAUGAGUUUGUGUGGUAUAGUGUGGAUUGGGUGCUUAUCUACAAUUGCUUGGACAAUAGCUGGCUGGAAGGGCCUGCCAUGAAGAAGUCCCGCAAUAGCCAUUGUGCAGUAGGAGCAGGGCUCUACCUGUAUGUACUUGGAGGGAGCACAGAUGAAGGGAUAAUCCCAGCAGUGGAGCGCAUGGCUCUGACGGAGUCAGAGUGGGAAAGCAUGAGUCCUAUGGCUCAACCUGUGGAGAGAGGAGAUGCGGUCAGUGUGGGAACCAGGAUCUAUGUGGUCUGUGGCCUGGAUGAAAAUGGACAUGUAUAUGAUGGAGUGCAAAGGCUGAACACGGAGACGGACAGCUGGGAUGUCAUCUCAUUCUCCCCGCUUCCAAGGUAUGACCUCUGCAUCACAUCACUGAAUGGUGCUCUGUACACCAUAGGAGGGGGAGCUUUUCGAUUUGAUGUGGAGACAGAUGAAUGGACCCAGGUGGAUGAGGAAUGCUUGACCCAGAAGUUCUUCAUGGGAUGCAGCACCGUGAAUGGACGAAUUUAUCUCCUUGGACAGAGGAAGGGGAACGGUGCCCUCCCCAUUGUAGUCCUCUUUGAUCCCUACAUUGAUAUGUGCCAGGUUAUAGAUAACAAACUCCCUUGCCCCCUUCCUAUUCAUGGAUGUGUGUCUGUGCGAAGAUUUGAUACAUAGGCAUGAGCGAUGCCAGAUCCAGCAUAUCCAAAAAGUCAUAUGCUUUACAGCUGAUGGGAAUUAGAUUGCAUCAAGUUUGGUCUGUGAAAUUUUUUAAUUUUGAAAAUAGAUCUGUUCCUUCAUAACUUUGUCUUUUUUUUCUACCUGGCAACUGAACUUGAAGCAAAAGCCAGUGAAACCUUUAUGUCUACACAAAGGUUGCAGGUCGUUAUUGGAAAUAGUGGUCAGCAUUGUUAUGGUACAUAAACUCCUCGGGGUCGAUGCUAA